UGCCGGAUAGCACCAGCCGAGCACUUAUGUGCUGAAGCUAGCUCAGCUACUCCCUGCCUUGGCAACGGCUACUGUGAUGGCAAGCAGCCCUCCUGCCCAGGACCAACAUUUCUUUCUGGCGUCCGCUGCGCAGAGCAUGGUCUUUGCCAAGAGGGCCACUGCAAGCCAUAUUGCGCCAGACUUGGUCUUGAGACUUGUAUAUGUGAUGAGGGUAACGUUAGUUUCUACAUACCCUUAGGCCCUACUGCUUCACAGUCAUAA